AUGACUGACUAUAACAACCAACGCAUCGACGCUCAAGACUUGACUUCAAGGCUUGUCUCGUUCGAACACCAGUCCAACAACAACAUCAACAACAACAACAACAACUCUGCCAAAGGCAAUGGAGAAACCUCCUCCGACUCAAUUCUGUCCCAGCGAUGUCCCCGAUCCACCUCCAUCGACAGCGGCGUCAUGCCCCGUUUCACCAAAUCAGCAACAAUGUCCACAACAGGCACCAAUGACUCCCACUACUCUCAGUACUCCGGCCUCCGCGUUAUGCGCGCUGAGCCUAGUUCCAAGACACAUGCUGAAAGUGUUGGUGUCGCACCAGGCGAGUUCAGCAAACCGCGUGUCCACAAGCGCAACCGCAGAGACACUCAAAGCAGUGUUGGAAGCGGCAAGAGUGCGAGAAGCGAAGAGCCAAAGGAGUUCAAGUACUAUGGCCGACACAGCAACCAAUGGUUGUUCAACGACUUUAGUGUCACUGAUGCUGUGUCCAAAGGCUUCAAGAGAGUCUUUAGCAAAGACAACAGUGGAAAGGACUGGUAUGAGGACAGGAACCGUUAA